AUGAAUUCGUUGAAACAUGAGCAAGCUGUUAUUGAAUUAGAUUCUUCCGAUCCAGCUGUUCGUGUAAAAGCUCUUCGUUUUAUAAAGAAUCACAUCAUCGGAAAUAAAACGAAGAAAGAUCUAUACAUUCGACUUCACGUCAUUCCAAAGCUUGUAAAAUUCUUUAAAUCAAAGGACACUGUUGACUCUCAAGUUCAAAUACAAGCUGCGAUCGUGUUGGGCAGCUUCGCAUAUGGAGGCGAAGAAAAUGUUACUGAAAUAGUUAAACACGAAGCAGUCAAGCCUUUGUUGGAAUGUAUCUCUUUACAAAAUGAUCCUCGUCUAAUUGAAGCUGCUGCUAGGGCAUUGAAAGCCAUCUAUAAAUGUCCUACAGCAGAUAAGAAUGAUAUUUUCGUCGAUUAUCACUUACGUGAUCUUAUUACCCUCCUUAAUCCUGAUGCCCUCAAUCCUAAAACCGAUCGUGAAAGGAUUGCUUCAAUACAUACUGCCGAAUUGGCUGCCACCAUUAUUGCUCGUUGUUGUGAUACUAAUGAACAACAAAUUCAGAUAGCUACUGCUGGCGCAUUUCCAGCUUUGGUUAAUUUACUCACUUGCGGAUUUUCUAAAGCCCAAGAAGCUGCGUUGGAUGCUCUGGCUUACCUUUGUCGGGAAAAUCCUGAAUUUGGAAAAGCAAUCGUAGAGACCAAAUCCGAUACUAGCGAUAGUCCGGUUAAAAUCAUGUUAAAUUUGAUUCAGGAUAAAUCACCAACUAUGCGAUUAAUAGCAGCAAAAUGUCGUGCCAAGGCUAUUGGUGAAUAUUCCGACGAUGUCACUCUAAUUGUAUUGCCCACAUUAGUGAAAUUACUCGACGAAAAAGGUCCUGUUCGCGAGGAGGCACCUCAUGUUUUGGCUUAUUUGAUUCGCGAUAAUGAAGAGUUACAAAAGGCCGCAUGUGAUUCAGAUGCGGUCCCAAAAUUGGCGGAUUUCGUAACACAUGUCGUGGAUCAAGAAAGUUCAUAUUAUGAUCCCGUUGGUGACGGUGAUAAAUUAAAAGAAAAUGCUUUGAUGGCUCUUGCAGCUAUUAGCUCAUUGACAGAUGAUGGUCGAAAGUUGGUUGUGGAGGCCAAGAUUAUCCCACAUAUUGUUGCUGCCAUGUCACAUCGUUCUUACGGAAUUCGUGCUGCAGCAUGCCAAUGCACUCGGAGCCUGUCAAGAUCGAUUAAUAUAUUACGGACUAGUCUUGUAGACGCAGGAAUUGCAACACCUCUAUUCAAACUUUUAUCUGAUGAAUCAACGGACGUGCAAACGACAGCUUGUGCAACACUUUGUAAUUUAGUAUUAGAUUUUUCACCGAUGAAGAGAAUGAUUAUGGAGCUGGGUGGAAUAGAAAAGCUGGUUGAGUUAGUACAUUCUCCGGAUAAUACAUUAAGACUUAAUGCGAUAUGGGCACUGAAAAAUUUAGUAUAUCAGGCAGAAUCAGAAAUUAAGGAAGCGGUUAUGAAAGUUUUAACAUAUCAAACCAUGGAGAAUUUAAUUUCCGAUCAAGAAAUUGAUAUACAAGAGCAGGCACUAAAUUUGUUAAGGAAUCUUGCAUGCACAAGACAACAUGAUAUUGAAGAAGUCUUUAAAGGUUUGAGUGAAGAUAGUCUAAUGACUGUUAUAGAAACUAAAUUGUGCUGGUGGACUAAUGAAGAAAUUAUUAAACAGGUACUGUAUGUAAUUAAUAAUAUUGCAACGGGUAAUGAACGUCAUAAAUCAGCCAUUAUGAAUCGAACCAAUAUAUUAAAAUCUAUAUUAAGCUACAUGGGUCACACAAAUCCAGAAAUACGGGUGGUCGCGAUGUGGGUUGUAAUAAAUUUAUCAUGGAUGGAAGAUAAGUCUGCCAGUUCACAAGUGCGAGUUCAGAAAUUACGUGAAAUGGGAUUCGAAGAAAAAGUAAAAAAUAUGACGAAUGAUGAUAAUCUAGACGUUCGUGAGAGAGUAAAAACUGCUUUAAAUCAAUUUUCACAAGUAUGA